CCCAAUAAAUUGGCAUGACAGAACGAAGGGACAAAAGAGAGGUGGCCAUCAUAUCUACAUUUUCUCUCAUUUACUUCUUUUCACCCCCUACAACUCCACGUUCUAUAAGAGAACUCCUUGUUCUUCCUUAAGAUAUUACAUUUAAUGCACAUUUAUUUCCUUGCUACUACAAAUAUUCGUGCUACCCUCCCUACAUUUUCCUCACCCCACAACAAAGUUUUGCGCAAAAAUAUUUCAGACAUCAUAGCAUGUCAUCAACUGCAUACCUUCUUUUCUUUCUGUGCAUUUCAUUGCAUGCAUGUUAUGCCCGGCAUCUUAGCCCUCCGAAUAAGAAGAUGGAAGAGAAGUCCCACUUCUCUAUCAAGAGUGAUGAGAAAAAUGGACUUGAUUCCUCUCCAAAGCAGCUCAAUGAAGGCCACAACAAGACGGAGACUCGCUUGGUUGGUGAUUCUGUGAAGCCAAGAAACCGAAGAAGCACUAACCAUCAUAGGGUGCACAAAGCUACUGAAAAUGCUUCAGGUAGUUCUUUACAAAAGUCUCUUGUUUCAGUUUCAUGGCGUGUGCCUCACAAUAAUAAUAAGAAACCUCGUCAGAAACACUCUGGGUUUGACUUGGACUAUUCGCCACCAAAGACACACCCUCCUCAUCACAACUAAGCAACAAUAAUGAAGUGUAUGAAUUAGCCCUGAAAUAUUGAAGAGAAAGAACAGCAUUAUUGAAGAAAUUAAGGGCCUUUCAUUCUAGUUGAAAAAUGUUAAGUUUCGCUAGCAUAACUACAGAAACUUAAUAACUGUUUUGACAGUGUUCCUUUUUUUUUAAUUCUAUAUAUAUAAUAUAAUGUACAUCAGACCUGUUCCCAGAAA